AUCCCUGAUGCGCUAGCGGCCCCGCCUUCUUUUAGACACGCUUCCGGCCUGGGCAGUAAUCUUCGUGCCGAGCACUUCCGUUCCCUCUUUUCCUUUCCGCCGCCAUCAUGGGUCGCAUGCACGCUCCAGGAAAGGGCCUGUCCCAGUCAGCGCUACCAUACAGACGCAGUGUCCCCACGUGGCUGAAACUCACAUCUGAUGAUGUCAAGGAACAGAUCUACAAACUGGCCAAGAAGGGUCUGACCCCCUCCCAGAUUGGUGUCAUCCUCAGAGACUCCCAUGGUGUUGCCCAAGUCCGCUUUGUGACUGGCAACAAGAUCCUGAGGAUCCUGAAGUCUAAGGGUCUCGCUCCUGAUCUCCCAGAGGAUCUGUAUCACCUGAUCAAGAAAGCAGUGGCUGUGCGCAAACACUUGGAGAGGAACAGGAAGGAUAAAGAUGCCAAGUUCCGCCUGAUUCUUAUUGAGAGCAGAAUCCACCGUCUGGCUCGUUACUACAAAACCAGGAGAGUCCUCCCACCCAACUGGAAGUACGAGUCCUCCACAGCCUCUGCUCUGGUCGCAUAAACUCCUUCCAACUGAACCCAAUAAAAUGUCUCUCUAAAUCCCUUUA